UCUCACCCUCUCUCAAAAUCUUCUUCUCAAAAUCUCCGGCGAAAUUCACCGAUCCACAGCCACUACCGCCGCCGCAGCCCCUGUUCUCUCCCCCAAUUCACUCGCGCCAGCACUACAGCUCACCGCUGCUGCCACCGUGGACUUGUGCACGCCGCUCUCUUCUCCGCUCAGCAAUAUCAAAAAGCCCUAGUUCUAUUUGUUCAUCAGUAUGGCCAGGGCUGAAGGUGACAUCAAAGAACCAAUGAACGAGCAAGCCAUCGCAAAUGUAUAUGCUUCCAUGAGAAAUGAAAUCAACCAAUUCUACUCCAAGAUCACCGAGCUGGAAAUGGAGGUCAGCGAGCACUCCCUUGUGAUCAAUGCCAUAAAACCACUCGAUCCGUCAAGGCGGUGCUACCGGAUGAUUGGAGGCGUCCUUGUUGAGAGAACAAUCAGAGAAGUUCUGCCAGCUGUGCAGAGGAAUAAGGAAGGUCUUGAAGAGGUGAUUGCUCGGCUCAAUGAAGCGUCCGAGAAGAAGAAAAAGGACCUGGCCGAAUUCGAGUCCAAGUACAAAAUCAGAAUCCGGAAGGGCGAUGGUGAAAUGAAGGAUGAGAGUAAGAAGGAAGGGAACGCGCAGGGCGUCCUCGUUGGCCCUGCCGGAUCGAAUUAAUUGCAGUUGAAGGUUAUAUGCUUCU